UCAAGUUAUAUCUCUGACAUUGUUUAUUGGGUGGAAAAACGGAUCAGUGCAGAAAUGAGUCUCUCGUCUAAAGACAAAGCUGCCGUUAAGGAUAUUUGGACCAAGGUCGCUACUAAAGCCGAUGACAUCGGACACGAAGCACUUGCCAGACUGUUUGUCGUCUACCCCCCAACAAAGACAUACUUUGCCCACUGGUCGGAUCUUCAUCCCGGAUCACCUAAUGUGAAAAAGCAUGGAAGCGUAAUUAUGAGGAAAGUUGGAGAGGCUGUUGGCCAUAUUGACGAUCUUAAGGGAUUUCUGAGCCCUCUCAGCGACUUGCACGCUUUUAAGCUUCGAGUAGACCCUUCUAAUUUCAAGCUCCUGGCCCACACCGUCAUCGUGAGCAUUGGAAUGUACUUUCCUGCUGAUUUUACCCCCGAGGUUCAUGUGUCUGUUGACAAGUUUUUUCAGAACCUGGCCCUGGCCCUGGCUGAGAAAUACCGCUAAAUGAAGAAGCAACUACAUAAAAAUUCGAAAAAAAAUAUGACACGUCAGUUUUUUAAAAAUAAAUACUGAUAAUAAUAAACACAAUAAAAUAUUAACAAAA